CCAGGACUAUAUAAGCUUAGAAAUAUUCUGCUCAGCCAAAUGUCCAGUACAUCUCCUAAACAAGGUAUUACACCCAGGUGUGCUUGUGAAAUGAAGAUCUACAGCACCCCCCUAGUCUUCUGCUUUAUAAUCUCAAUUUCAUCAGUGUCUUCUCAAAGUGAAGGAAGCUGUGUUGGAAGAUGUGGUCAAGGCUAUGUUCGGGCAGAUCCAUGCCACUGUGAUUAUAACUGCAUGUCUUUUUUGGAAUGUUGUAACGACUACAAGAAAGUUUGCACAACAGAGGGCUCAUGCAAAGGACGAUGCCAUGAAGGCUUUAUAAGAGGACAGACAUGCGAUUGUGAUCCUAGCUGUACAGAAAUUGGGAGAUGCUGCCUAGAUUAUAAAGAAUAUUGUGUCAAACCAGAACUUCCUCCUUCAUCUCAAGAUCAGCCGCUUCAUGAUGAAAAAAAUAGACUUUCAAGACCCACUAGGAAACCAGACACAGUGGCAGAAGAUGUACCAAAAGAUCGCAUUCAGAAAGAUGAAGCAAUGCCAGAGAGAGCUAAUAAAGUGCCCCUAGACAGAAAAGACCCUUCAAAAGCAAUUCCAAAAGUUUCUCAUCCUAUUAAAAAAACAACUAAACGGAGCCCAAGAAGACAGAGAAAGAAGAAAUAUAAUUUAAUUCCAGGAGAGGAUACACAAGAACCUUCACAGAACAGACCAACAUCAUCAUUGUCCAACCCCCAAAAAAAUAGAAAACAGAGACCUAGAAGGCCAGGAAAGAAGAAAUAUAGAAAAUUAAUUUAUCUAGAAGAUGAUGAUGAAGAUCCCUAUGAGGGAAACUCACCAUCUCCACGUCAUAAAAAAAUUUACCCCAAAAAGGACAAAAAGAAUUCAAAAUACUCUACAUCUAAAAAACCAAGAAGGAAGAAAAAGAAGACUAUUGUAGAAUAUGAAGACGAACAAGAAGAUUUUAAUGAGAAGUCACCGUCACCAAAAUAUAAAAAACGACCUACAAAAAAGUCCAGAAAAAUUCCUAAGAAGAAGAAAGUUUUUGAGUCAGAAGAAGAAAUUGAAGAAUCUGAAGAGAAUAUGUCAUCAUUCUCCUCAUCAUCUUCUUCAUCAAGUGUAAAAGGGAGCAAAACGACCAAAAAGCUUUCAAGGAAAAAUCUAAAGAAAAUUAAGGAUGAUGAUGAACCUGAUCCAGACAAUCCGGAUAGAGACCCUGGAGAUCCAACAUCUAAAGACAAAGACAAAACCAAGAAGCCAAAGAAACCAAAGACAAAGGAAGACUAUGAUGAACCUGAAUCUCCUCCAAAAGAGCCAAAAGAAAAACCUUCCUCACCUAAUGAGGGAAAAGAUGGAAACACCAAUGAACCCAGAACUAGAGAAGACCCAACAUCUGAUGAGAAGGACAGAAUCCCUAAAAAGCCAAAAGAACUUGGAGAUGAUACCAAAAAGCCAGAUGUAACCCCUAAAGACCCAACAUCUGAUGAGAAGGACAGAAUCCCUAAAAAGCCAAAAGAACUUGGAGAUGAUACCAAAAAACCAGAUGUAACCCCUAAAGACCCAACAUCUGAUGACAAGGACAGAAUCCCAAAAAAGCCAAAAGAACUUGGAGAUGAUACCAAAAAACUAGAUGUAACCUCUAAAGAGCCAACUUCUGAUGACAACAGUGGAAACCCUAAAAAUCCUAAAAGAACUGGAGAUGGCCCUGAAGACCCAGAUUUACCUCCUAAAGAGCCAAAUCAAGGAGCUCCUGACAAUGAUGAUGAUAACCCAAGAAAACCCAAAACUCCAAAACAAAAUGAAGGUGAUGAUCCUGAGGCUACAGGAAAGCCACCUAAUGAACCUAACCCUAAAGAGAAAAAGAAACCCAAAAAAUCAAGCUCUCUUGAAGUCGAAGAAGAUAUAGAAGAGCGGACAGAUGUUAACAGAGCCAAUACUGAAGAUAACACGUCUCAGUCUAAACAAAGGGCCACAAAAAAGCGUUCACCUACAAAUUCAAGGAAGAAGCCAAAGAAACCAGAGGAUGACGCAGAUGAAGAUCCUUCUCAGAACCCAUCACCAUCAGACAGAAAGAAAAAGAAACCUAAUUCCAGAGUACCGAACAAGAAAAGGGCCAGACCUAUAGAUGGCGAUGAUCCAACAAAAAACCCAUCAGACAAAGGGAAAAAGAAGCCUAAUUCCAAAGAACCAAACAUGAAAAAGGGCAAGCCUACAGAUGACGAUGGAGAUGAGCCAUCAAAACCUGGAAAAGGAAAGAACCGUAAAAAGAAGCCUAAUCCAAAAGGAAAUACAAAACUAAAAAAGAAGAUUGACUCAGAAGAAGAAAGACAAGAAACAGUGGAGAGUGCAUUCUCAAGUUCUUCCCAGUCAUCAUCCUCACAUACUAGAAGUAAAUCUACCAGAAGGUUAACAGGCAAAAACAAGAAAAAACUUAAAGACAAAAAGAAGAAGACUCCUGACAUACCAGAAGAUCCAUUAAUGCCACCAAAAACAAAAAAAGACAAAGGGUCACCUCCAACCCCUGUACCCACAUUUAAAGAUGAAGGCUCUGGAGAUGAUGGCAGUGGAAUGGACUUUUUGUCAACAACUACCCCAACAACAACUUUGAUUGUCCACUCAACAACCACAUUAUCGCAGACUACGAGGGAAAAAAAUCAGACUGAAGGCACAGUAAAUCCAUCGAAGUCAGCAACAAAAAUUCCUGAUGUAACUUUAGACAAUGGAAGAUCUACUACACCGAAUAUUCAGCCAACCAAAGAAGGACCUGAAAAAACCACAAAUGUGAUGAAUGCCUCCACUCAAAGUCCAAUAGCAGAGGAUACAACCACAGGAAAAGACAUGACAACAGAUACUCCACUUCAACAAAUGAGCAAAUUGAAAACUCCCCAGGAUCAAAGCACAGUCGAUUCUAGUGAUAUACCUCUUGUAACAGUCUCUGGAAAACUCCAGGGAACCACAAAUACACUGUCCUUUAAUAGCGAACCAGUGGAUCCAACAAAACAUACAGUUCCUAUCACUUAUGAUGCUACAACACAGAAAAGAGAACAAGCACAAACCAUGGAAACAAUAGCCUACAGUGAUAUCACAGUGAUUACAGAAUCAACUACACGGCAUUCAGAUCACACUACAAAAACCACCACAAAAGAGCCAAGUACUGAACCACAGCAGAAACCGACAACAGAGCAAUUGGUCAAAGUAACAACGGAAAAAUCUGAAGAUGAAUCUGAGAUUUCUACAACAAUGAGCACUGGUAAUGACAGACCAACUACAACCAAAAGUAUUGUUGUUCAAACAACUAAACAUACAGAUGAGGAUGACACCGAGAUGUCCACGAAGUCCAUGCGUCCAACAAAAAGACCAUACCCUUUUCCUACGUACAAACCAACAGAACCUGAAGAGAUGGAGAAUACUAAAUCCACCAAGCCUUCCACAACUAACCAAUAUCAUGUUUGUGAUUUGUUGAAAGACGAAGCAAUAAAACUGAGAAUAUCAGAUAAUGACCUUCAACAUAUCAUUGAAAUAUGUACUGAGAUGCAGCAACAGUAUCAGUAUCCACUUGUAAGUACACCAUCUCCAGAUAUAAAACAGCCUAAUGCAGAUGAUAGAAAUAUACCUGCCGGCUACCCACAUCUGAUAACACCUAACUGGAACCAACAACCAGGAACAAGAAUCAUUCAGAUAGUGGAGGAAAUAUAUCGGAGGAUGAAUAGUUCCCCAGUGACAAAUAUCACAGUAGUACAUGGCUACACAAUACAUAAGCCAUCAAAAUGGUUAUUGCUGCUUAAUAAAAUCAAAAGCUCAAAUGAUCCGGAGAAGAAUUUGUGCAUUGGGCCACCAGCAGAUGGAAUGACUACUCUGCAGAAUGGAUCCAUGGUGGUCUUUCGAGGUCACUACUUUUGGACUCUAAAUCAAGGAGGUGUAAUGGGGUGUCCACGCAAAAUUACCGAAGUAUGGGGUAUUCCCUCGCCAAUUGACACAGUAUUUACUAGAUGUAAUUGUGGUGGAAAAACCUUCUUUUUUAAGGGUUCUCGAUAUUGGCGUUUUACUAAUGAUGUUAUGGACAAAGGCUAUCCAAAAGAAACUAUUAAGGGGUUUGGGGGACUCAGAGGUAAAGUAACUGCUAUACUGCCCGUCGCUGGAUACAGAACAAGGCCAGAGUCUGUUUAUUUUUUCAAACCAGGUGGAAAUGUUCAAAAAUACACAUUCCGGCAGGAACAAGCCAAAAGAUGCACAAAGAAGAAGCGUCCUAGCAUGCAAUAUCCCAUUUACCCACAAAACAUUCAGACUGUAAGGUAUCGUUUUCCACGGGAUGUAGUAAGACAUCGGAUCCAGAUACAUCGGACUUUCACUGCUGUACAGCAGCCUCUAGGUGUUCUUCAUGAACAGACUUUAAUAAGUUCAACAUGGAGAGGUAUUCCAAAUAACAUUAUCUCUGCUGUAUCAUUGCCAAAUUCCAAAAAGCAGGACGGCUUUGACUAUUACGUCUUCAGUAAAGAUAAAUACUACAACAUUAAUAUGUCAAGCAAAACAGCAGUGAAACCUCCACCUGGCUCUGAGCAGAAAACGUCAAAGGACUGGUACAAAUGCAAAGAAUGAGAGGGCGCGUGAGGCUCCUAAUAUAACAGUCAAAUACAUUAUCAAUAAAGCACUUAGCUUUUUACUUUGACAACAAUGUAAUAUUGUAAUCAAUUCUGAAAAUAAGCAUAUUUAUUAUAAAAUAAAAGAAGUCCUCCCCAAUGUCUACAAUUUGGAAUAAGAUUUUUAUAAAUAAAUAUCAGACAUUAUUGUUUAGUUUAUGGUCCCAUUAUUUUGCAAUAUUUCCUGAUUAUGUAUAGCCUGUGAAACAAAAGAUUCAUAAAUGUACUGUUGAUUCUUCUGCACUCAAACUUUAGCAGUAAAAAUUCUCUU